ACCUUUAGUCUAAGGAUACGAGCUCAGAUCACAGAAGAAGAACCCUGAGAGUAUCUUUACAUCACGGAUACAGGCUGGACUUCCAUCCCUGACAUUAUCCAGCUGUCGUCGGCCAAGUCUUCUCGACUCCUCUUGCCUGCUGGGCUCCUGUUUGCUCCUGCCUCGCUGGGUGUGCUGAGCGAUGAAGAUCCCACUGUGGUGCCUGUUGGUGCUGCUGCCAUGUCUCUUCAACCCUGGACGCAGUGACUGCCAGAGAGAGUGUGUGGCCUGUGGUUUGCUGUUGCAGGAGCAGCAGCAACUGCAUGAAGCCUUCAACACCAUGGUUUGUUUACUGGGAUGCGAGGGUCACGUCUCCCCUUCGCUCACUUGGGAAUUGUGUCAAAGCGCCCUUAAAAUUUCCAUGUAUCCUCCCUUUGCCGAGGAAGGCACAGCGGGCGAGCUGGACGUGACGUCUCUCGAUGUGAACUCUGACAGCGAACUGCAAUCCGCAGUCGCUCAGCCUUUCCAUGAGGGGGAUCAGGAUGAGCGGAAUCUUGUCCGUUAUGACUCAUCGCUGCUGGAAUCCUCGGAGGAAGAAGAAGAGGAGGCGGAGGGCCCGGUCGGGAAGCAAACGGAGGACGUGGAUGAAAGCUCAGAGGCCGUUAGCUUAUCCAAACGCUUCGGUGGCUUUCAGAGAGGCCGCCACGGUUACAGGAAGCUGAUUGGCUCCCCGGCCAGGCACCUACAAAAGCGCUACGGCGGCUUCAUAGGUGUCCGGAAAUCCGCCCGGAAAUGGAACAGUCAGAAACGGGUCAAUCAGCUGCUCAGGCAGUAUCUCGGAAUGAGGAGCAGCCGCAGCGGCCGCUUUAACCUCGCUCCGGUGACGCGGGUCUGGAGGCAAAAUAAACUGUAAGGUCGCCGAAAUUCCGAAAUCCCGCUCCACAUACCUCAACCAAUCAUGUCUGAACUGUGACUUCCUCCAUUGCCAUCAGCACUUUGGUGUCCAACACGUAAACAAAGGAAUGUUUUAUCCGUAUUUAACGUUACUUUCUGUGAAAUAAAAAGAGUUAGAGAAGUGCAAUGGAAUAUAUUUUUGUGUGUCGGAAUCCCGGGAAAAGCCGAAUGAGAUUGGAAAACCAAAACCAGGUGUGACUUUGGACUGCACUUUCAGGAAUGUUUGUUUGCACUAGACUGUGGAAAACGUGGAAGUCACUCCCGCUUAUGUCGAUAAAUAGACCAAAUUCCGUGUUCUGCUUAGUACUAAAAAAAAAAAAAAAAAAAAGCCCGGAUUAAGCCCGCUUAAGCUGUUUUUUUUUUUUUCGGACUCAAUCGGCCUGCUUAUGUAAACUUCUCAGCAACAUAACUAUCUAGUUCCAUACACAGUGACUUCCUGUUCAGUGCAAAGUAAGCAAGAGUAUGAAAUAGGGUAUCAAAGUCCAAAUUAGCGGCCCACAGCUGUUUUUUUUAUUCUAAAAAUUUGAAAAAAGUUUAGUAAUUUAAUUCUAUUUAAUUUAGUAUAAAGUCAAAAUAUUAUGGGGGGAGAAAAAUCCCAAUUUGAACUAUUAAAAAUUUGAUUCAAGAUUUAAUAUGAUAAGAAACAAACAAAACAAAUUAAUUUUAAGGGAAAUAAAUGUUAAAAUGGAAAAUGUUGUCAUUUUACAAGAAAGAUUGGGGGAAAUAACUUUUUUUAUUUUGUUGAGUUUUAAAAAAUAAUAUCGAGUCAUCAUUUGAACUAUUAAAGAUUUGAUUCAAACUUUAAUAUUAUGAGAAACAAACAAAAAUAAUUAAUUUUAAGGUAAAUAAAUGUUAAAAUGAAAAAUGUUGUCUUUUUACAAGAAAGAUUGGGGAAAUAAAAUUAUUUGAGUUUUUAUUAUAGUUUUUAUUUUAUUGAGUUUUUAUUUUUAUUUGAGUCAUUUGAAUUAUUAAAUAUUUGAUUCAAGCUUUAAUAUUAUGAGAAACAAACAAAACAAAUUAAUUUUAAGGGAAAUAAAUGUUAAAAUGAAAAUGUUGUCAUUUUACAAAACAGAUUGGGGGAAAUAACAUUAUUUGAGUUUAAAUAUUCAAGAAAGAAGACGUUAUUUUAUUAAAAUAUAUGAUAAGAAACCCAUGACAUUUGAGGGAAAUUACUUAAACAGAAGAAAAGAAAAAUAAUACGGUUUUUUUUUUUCACUUAUAUGACAAAGCUGAGAUGUCGUUUUUUAUUGAACUACACACAACCCCUUAGCAUAUCUACCAAAGUUGGCGAAGUUGCAGCCAUUUUCUCACAAUGUGGCCAACCCUGGCCUAAAAUAAUCAUACAAAAACAUCAGAAUCGAAAUAAAAAUACUCACAAAUGAAGAAUAAUCCUCCGCGUGUCUGCGUACAAAGUUUCAAGUCGACGUAAAACAGUCACUUCCGGGUCGUGGACAUAAACCGGUUCCUUUCUAGCCCCCCUCGUGACUUGUCUCGAACAUUCAAAUAUUCCUCUUGAAUUGGAUCUCAGACCCAGAUGCGUCUGGAAUCGGACGAACACGGAUUGUUAAUUGACGGUGUCCGAUUAAUUUUGGUUAAUUAAUUAGACUUGCCGGGUGCAAAUUGAUUUUCUAUACUUGCUAGCAGCAAACCGCAUUUCUUUUCAACAAAUAGGACUGACGAACUGAUGUAUGGUGGAUGACGGGACCUUUUUUAAGUGGCACAAUACUGCCCUCUGGUGGCUGAGAGCUGACACUGACGGCAGGGGUGGGUAAUUUUGCCACUAUGAUAAUUCGUAAAGCAACACAUGAUAAGAAGUUAUUUUAGCAUUUUAGCUUUGUCAUACAUCUGAAAAAGCAUAUUAGUAUGAUUUUGUUUUUUGAUAUUCUACCUCUAUGCUUCUAAAAUUACAUUAUUUUCCCUCCUAAUAUUAUGAGUUUAUUGUCGAAUUUAUUCCCAUUAUAUUAUUGUUUUGUUAAAAAAAUAUUAUUAUAUUAUUAAAUUAUGAUUAUAUAUUAUUAAAUAUAUAUCAUAUUGUGUAAAAAAGACACGAUUUUUUCU